CUAGCAUUAUGGCCACUCCAUCGUCCGACAAGAAGGCGCAGAAGCAACCGCGGGGUGAGGUGCCCGUAGGGCCGAAGAACGAGGUCGCCUCUGCCCCUGGCGACGCCCAUAGGGUCAGCAACCCCGAUCCUGGUGCCUCCGUCCCCUCGGUCUCGAGCGGUCUUUCUCCAUCGGGUGGUGGCGCCCCACACAGCGGCACAGCAGGUUCCUCUGCCUCCGCCCUGGCUGCCGUCGGCGCCAUUUCGAUCAAUGGCGAGGGCCCGGGGCUGCCCUCCACAGACCGUGUGCAGGCGAGCGAGCGUGCCGACCUCCAGGGCGGCCGCAGUCCCCACGCUGAGCUGAGAUGUGUGGUGCCCGGAGCGGGCCAAGGUCUCCAGGCCUCACACACAGGUGGCGUGGGCGCGGUGGUGCAAGCCACGAGGGGAGUUGGCCAGGCCAACGGGCCUCCGACCCUGCCCACGAGCCUGGGGAAAGGCCGUGGGAGGAAGCAGCUCGGCCGCAAGGAGACUGCCCAGGUUCAGAAGCCUCCAGGGCGUCGCUGUCUGUUUCCUAGGCUUCUUGUGCCUCAGUGCCCUGUGCCUUCGCCGCCAUCUUCUCCGGGGUCUCAGCCCAGCGGCCGUCGCCGUUCUCGGGAUUCUCCGUGGGGUCAGGCAGCCCAGCCAGGCCCUGCCCUCCGAAGUCGGGCCCGAGCACCAGGCCCAGCUCUCCGCAGUCAAGCAGCCAGGCCAGGCCUCGCCCUCAACAGCCAUGCCACCCCGCUAGGCACUGCCUUCAGUGGUCAUGCUUCCGGGUUGGUCUCUGCUCUUCGCAGCCGUACAUCGGCACCAGGCCCUUCUCGUCGCCGUGGUGUACCCGCGCCAGGCCCUGCUCAUCGCCCCAGUGCUUCCGGGUCAGGCCCUGCUCUCCAGCGUCGCCGUACAUCUGCGCCAGGCCCUGCUGUCCCUCGCCGCCAUAUGCCUGCGUCGGGCCCAGCUCUCCGCAGCCGCCGCCGUGCUUCCGCGCCGGGCCCAGCUCUCCGCAGCCGCCGCGGUGCUUCCGCGCCGGGCCCAGCUCUCCGCAGCCGCCGCGGUGCUUCCGCGCCGGGCCCAGCUCUCCGCAGCCGCCGCCGUGCUUCCGCGCCGGGCCCAGCUCUCCGCAGCCAUGCAUCCGCGCCGGGUCCUGCUUACCGCAACGGUGCAGCUGCUCCGGGUCCUGCUUACCACAACCGUGCUUCCAGUCGCCGUGCAUCUGGGCCAGGCCCUGCUCUCAAUAACCACGCCAGCCCAGGCCCUGCUCUCCGCAGCCGUGCAUUGGGGUCAGGCCCUGAUCUCCGAAGCCGAGCCAACCGGAUAGCCCCUGCCCUUCGCAAUGGCUGCUCGACUUCGGGCUUUGUCCUCCGGAGCCGCACCAUCGAAAGGUCAUCCCCUAGAAGCCGGGCCUCUCUACCUGUGCCUACUAGCCUGAGUCCUCCUUCUUCCCCUGGGGUAGCCUUACGAAGGCUGGUCUGCCAGAGCAGCUCAAGUUCUCCUAAUCCUGAGGUCCCAAGCGUUGAUGCCCAGCCCCGUUGGCAUGCAGUCCGUAUGCGUGCCUCAUCUCCCUCUCCUCCUGGUAGGCUCUUUCCUUUCCCUGAACAGCUGUGUGGUGAAAGCUCCUCCUCUUCCUCUUCUGCCUCCUCCUCCAGGUCUCCUGGCCAGAGCCCCUCCUCUUCUUCCCCUAAGUUUAGUGGUUUGGGCUCCAUCUCCACUCCUAGUCCUGCGAGCCUGAGGCGUGCUUUGCUGCCAGAGCUUGAUGCCCUGAGCCCUCUCUCUCCAGGAGAGGAGGCUGAAACAGGGAGCAUGCCUUCCUCCCCUAUACCUCCAGUGGUGUGACAACCACAAAAGGAAUUACCAUGCACCCAUUGACCUGAAAGGGGGUGACUGCUCUGCAGU